UUUUAUCCAUGUGGUUCUUUCUUCCUUUAUACCCUUUUUUUAAGUGUGUAUGUUUGAAAGGUUUUCUCUCCUUUCUGCUGAACUUUACAUUUAAUGAAAUCUUUUGUUGUCUUGGCACUCUAGAAAUAUAAUCAGGUUAGUUAAUUUUAGUCUGCAGUGUAACUCUUAACCUUGUGAUUUCUUCAAAUUUAGUCAUAAUCAAGUUUUGAUGGGAGACCUCAGUACCAGACCUUUUUUUUAUUUUUUUGGGUCUUCUUUUUUUUUUUUUUUUUUCCCCCAUCUCUUGAAAUUCACAGAAUCAUUGCUGCAGCAUUGAACUCUUCGUUGAAAUGUCUUUCUCCUGCAGUAGGGGUGCUGAGCCUGUCCUUUAGUUUGGUGACACGUGCUCAAGGUUCUGACAGAGACAGCGUUUGGGUAGCGAAGGGGCUGUGAACCAUUUUGUGAUCGGCUGAGUUCCAGCUUGUAUUUCUGCUGACCUGUUUGGGAGGGGAGGAACAAACUGAUGAUAAAUGUAUGUAAUAGGAUAACUUAUGUAUAAUGAAUUAAGUGCAUUAUAUAUUUAUAGUUUGCUUUUUUGGUGUCUCUGAGAUAGCUUGGCUUCUGUUCUAAAGUCUUUUUUAACAGCAGUGACAAUUGUUAAACUGCUUUGGUUUUAUAACGUGAAGCUUGCAAGUUGCAUAGUUUUGCUGAUAAAUUCUUCCUGUCUGUUACUUUACUGUACUUUUAUAAUGCCAUUGCACCAAGGUUCUGCAUUAUCUGAUGCAGGGGCAAUGAGAUUUGUGUGGUUGUGGAGUAGAGCUUUGCAUUGGGGGGUGGCGAGUAGGAUGAAUAUAAUUAGCUGUUACACAAGAUACAAAAGCCUUUUUAUUUAUUAACUACUGUUGUUAAGAGUGUGAUGGGAUCUGUGUGAGCAGGAAGUUUCUUUAGAAUUCUGCACAUGUGCAUUGGCAGCAGCAGAUGAGAGCAAAUCUGGCAGUGUGUGGUGGUGGGUGUGAGCACUGAGCAAACAUCUACUUUUUCUGGUAUCACUGAUGGUUUUAUUUUCUUGCUACAAUGUACUUGGAGGAUUCUAAGUUGCUGUAAUUCUGUUAAAAAGCCUUUGGAUUUUAUCUCGUAAGUGAAUAUAAAACAUUAUUUUUGCUUAUCAAAACCAGCUAACAUUUUGGUGAUCUCUCAGCUUGUUCUUUAAAAGUGUAGAAUAUUUUUGGAAUGUUGCUUAAACCAGUCACUCUAUUUGAGGUUUUUCUAAUAGAUUGGAUCUGCCUCUUGUGAAGGUCCGUGGACGAUGGGCGUUUUCAGAAUGUGCUCAGGUUCUGUCAUCUGAAAUUGUAGACUAAACUUUAAUGACUGGAAAAUAAAUACCAAUCAGUAUUAUGGUUUCUUGGCUUGUAAAUAAAUAAAAAACCCCACAAAAUCCAAAAUUAUAUUAGUUUUAGUUAUCCAGAGGCAUUUUCAUGAGGUGUUUUGUUUCUUUCUUGCAUGGAAACGACAUAAAGGCUUAAUUUAAAUUGUUCUAAUUUGUAAAUUAGAAGGCUUGCUGCCACAUUCCCAGGGAACAAAAAUGGCAUUAGAAUUGCAUUCCACUAAAUCUUCUGUUGUAUUUUUUGUGCUUCUACUUGCUGUGUCAGUAUAACCAGUAUUUUGUCAGUUGAGUGGUUUUUGAGACUAUCUCAGAAGUGCUGGUGGCAAACGAUGGAGAAUUUCUGCUUAACAGCAUUGAGGUUUAAUGUGUGUGUGAAUGCACAUGUGAAGGCAUACACAGAAAAACAGCUCAUUAAUUAAAGAGCUGCUGUUCAUGCUUCUGCUGACUCUUUUUUGAUUGUGUGCAAAACUGCAGUGGACUGGUUUCCUUCUGAUUCCUACUUAACCAGAAAGCAAACAGGGACGUGAAGAGUUGGGAACCAUAAUGAGAAACAAAGGGAGCAGGAAAGUCACAUCUGCUUGAGAAGAAAUUUGUUCUAACAUGGAUUCCUUCAACACUGCAAGUUAAAUUUUGUAGUUAUACCUAAUUUCAAACAGUAUGCCUUAAUGGGGAUGGGAAUUGUGUUCUUAGACCAGCUUAUUAAAUUUAAAAUAAUAACUGAGCCAAAUUUGCCAGUCUAGACUUGUGACUAAAAUAUCUCUUGAUAGCUGAUUUCACUGAGCCAGAAAGAGGAAAUCUUGCUUUAAGAGUCUAUUUUAAGCUGAUCUUGCUGGUUUUAAAACUUUUAUUUUAAAUAAUUAUUGUUUUGACUUUUCAGAUAUAUUAAUUAGUACUUAAAUGUGAUUAUUCUUUUUACAUAGAGGAUGUUCUGUGUCUGUUCAAGCGCUGGCACGUCUCUGCAUGCCUUUUACUAUACUCUUGAGACAAAUUUGUCCUUUUCUGUGUCCUGGGUUUGUGAUAGAGUUCUGUUUGUGGGAUUAAUUUCAGUUUGUCUUCUGUAUAAAUUUACUGCAAGCCAUGUCCCCUCCCCGUCUUUUCAAUUUUGACUGGACUAUUUCAAAUGAGCAAAAUGCUCUUUUUUUACUUGUUAGCUGAACAAAAGCUGAAAAUCAGACGAGGAAAAGCUCUUUUGCCCAAAAGCAGUUCAUCCAUUGGGAAUGCUCACAGUAAUUUGAGUAUACAAAUGGCAUGAAAAUCAGUCAGUGCUAAUUGUUACAAAAUUCAGUUUCCUUUUAACUCAGCAGAACUUCAGAGUAAGACGAAGAGUGCUGGUUGCGGUUUUUUGGAGACAGAAAGAAGCGUAGCUCAGCAGUUGCCGAGUGGCUCCGUGUGCUCUGCAGAGAGCUGGGACUCAGGAGGUUCCCGGGGAAGGCUUCUUGCUCUGCCCUCGCCUGGCAGCGCCUCUGGGUGAUGUCAUGAGGACAUGAUUGCAUGAGGAGAGUUCCUGGGAUUCCAGCUUGGAAUCUGGGUCUUAGGUUUUGGCCAUCAUUUAGAUAUUUCUUCCUAGAAAAUCUAUUUAAAAUUUGGUAAUUUCCAACUUAGCCAAAAAAUCAAUUAUUUAUUUGGAUUGACAGUAUGUUUGCUGUAGGCAUCCAGGAGGACAUCACAGGUUUUGUCUAUAAGUAAACAUAAUACAUUAUUUUUCUUCAUCAAACAUAGAGGAAGAAAUGAAAAACUUUGAGACUCUAAUGUUUUUGUAGAAUUUUGUUUCUAAAUAAUUGUUGCAGACAUGGAGCAUUGAUCUCUUUGCACUGGAGGAUGUGUAUGUGAUCUGUUAGGGCCUGGUUUGCAGGCAUGUGAUGGUUCUCAGGGUCACAGCACUACGGUCUGAAAAACCCAAAAAACUUGAGGUGUGUUUCCUGAGAAGCUGGGACAGGCCAUUUUGUUGCUUUUUUCCCUAUCUAAAAAUCUUAGUUUUUACUGUUACGUGUAAAAAAAAAAUUCACUGGCGGUGUUUGCUAAUGCUAUGAAAUAAUAUAUUAAAAGCAGAGCAAAACAGCAGUCAGUGUUAGCUUUGGGUUUGUUUCAGAGACAAUAUGAAUUUCUUGCUACAUAAAAUGAGCAAAUAAAAGAAUUGCUUAAAUAGUUGAGACUUGUGGCAGACAUUGUACACGCAGAAUUAAUGUUUUCAUUCCUAUGGCACAGUUUCAGUUUGCAGCCUUUCUUUGUUUAUUUUUGCUUGUUGCUUCAUUCCUUUGUCUUAAGGAAAGGUGGUGGAACCCUGAGGACUUUAAUUUAAAAUGAUGCCCAUAUAUUAUUUGUACUUCAGUCGUUAAUGUAGAAGCUGAACUAAAUGUAAGUCUAAAUUUUCAUGUGUAUUCCUCAGAUAUUAGCAGUUAGCCAUGUAUUCUGUGGGGUUUUUAGUGGCAUUUCAUGUGUGGGUGUAAAUACUUCUCGAGUUGCCAAGAUAAGUGAAUGCUAUUAUGAUGGCAAAAUGAAACUCAUGGUGCUGUUUUCCCAGCAGACUCUGAAGAACUUGCCUUAAUUAAAAAAAGCAACCCAAAAUUUUUUAAAUAACGCCAGAGAGCACUGAAAUCCACAGUACAAAACAGAACUCUGUGUUUUACCCUCGUUUAAGAUGCUUGGGCUCAACAUGUUGCAAAGGACAUAAUUAACUGCUGAAGUACUGAUCGAGUUCUGCUAUUCUUCAAUGAGGAACUACAGGCUGAUCUUUUGCCAUAAUCUUAAACAACCAUAAAUGACAGAAGAAUGCUUGGUCAGUGAGGGCAGCUGGCGCAAAAAGCGUUUUUCAAACUCGGCUGUUUAAGUACUCUGAGAAAAGACAGCUUUGAUUUUUGGCUGCAAAAAGAUAUGAGGAAGAGCUCCUCCCCUUCCUUGAGUAACUGCAACUCUGUUCUUGCUAACAAAAUAUUUGGAAUUCCACUUGAUGAGCUGCAGCAAGAAGGGCAACCAGACAAUGAGGUUCCAUUCAUAGUCCGCCAUGUUGUGGACUAUAUUGAGGAACAUGGGGGUCUGGAACAAGAAGGACUUUUCCAAGUCAAUGGGAAUGCUGAGACAGUGGAGUGGCUCCGACAACGAUACGAUAAUGGAGAAGAUGUGGACCUGGUUAAAGAAGCAGAUGUACCCUCAGCUAUUAGCCUUCUUAGAUUUUUUCUUCAAGAACUUCCAGAGCCAGUUAUUCCAGGCAGUUUGCACAUACAUUUGAUGCAACUUUCUCAAGAUUAUAAUAAUGAAGAUGAAUUUGGAAGAAAGUUGAGGUUCCUCUUGCAGCAGCUUCCACCUGUUAAUUACAGUUUGUUAAAGUUUCUGUGUAAAUUUUUAGCAAAUGUAGCAUCACAUCAUGAAGAAAUUUGGUCAGCGAGUUCUUUAGCUGCAGUCUUUGGCCCGGAUGUUUUUCACAUUUACACAGAUGUGGAGGAUCUGAAAGAACAGGAACUAGUUAGCAGAAUAAUGGCAGGACUUCUGGAGAACUACUAUGAGUUUUUUGAAAAUGAAGAGGAAGAUUUUUCAUCUACUAAUGAUUUAAGCUCAAUAACUGAGCAGAUCAAUGAUCUCUUGGAAGAAGAGGAAGAUGUAAAGCUUGAGCAGUCAGAAGAACUUCCAGAAGACAGCACAGAGAAACCUGUGGAAAGGCCAGCUGUGGUGCAUCUAGAUAUGACAGGGAGUCUCUCAGAUUCCAGGAAUGUUACAGCAUCAACAAGUGCUCAUAUCUCUCCCAUAAGUAUCUUGCCAACCUCUGCAGACAUUUUAGAAAGAACAAUCAGAGCAGCUGUGGAACAGCAUCUUUUCGACCUGCAGAGCAGCUUAGAUAAUGAUCUGAAACACAUACAGCAACAACGACUGGGCUGUAACAAUGAAACAAAAAAUCCCAGUGGGGAUGAGGAAGGAUCUAACAACCAGAAUGAUGUUAUUGAAGAUAAUGACACUGGUAGCAGUGAAAACACAGGAGAAUGCUCUGAAGUAUUGGUUUGCACUGAUUUAGACAGUGAAGCUAUGAAACAUGAUACUGUAACUGAGGAAGAAGAAAGCAUUCAGAUACCAGCCCUUCCUUCUGCUGAGACUGCAGACAUAUUAUUGAAACCAUGUGAUGAAGAUGAAGAUGUUGAUGAAGAAAAUAAUAGUGAAAGGGAAAAUAGUAUAUUGCUUGAUGGCAAUGAUAGAAAAUCUUCAGAGGCAUUUCUGGAUUCAAGUAGCAAGACUUGUGAUCUUAAUGCAAACCCUGAUUCAGAGGUGCUGGGGGAUGGCAGCGUUCAUGUUCCCGAGGAAGCUCUGGCUGUCCAAGUACCACAUCUGGAUCUGAAGAAUGUGUCUGAGGGUGACAAAUGGGAAGCGCCAUGCCCUAUCACUUUCCCCCUCAUUGAUUUCAAAACAAUGCAUCUGCAGAGAGAAGGGGAGGAUCCAUUUCCUGCUUUCAAGUCUUGGCAGGAGGACAGCGAAUCUGGAGAAGCUCAGCUUUCCCCACAGGCUGGGAGGAUGACUAACCAUCCAUUGGAAGAGGACUGUCAUCCCAUUUUGUCACAUCGGAGUUUGGAUUUUGGGCAAAGCCAACGUUUCUUACAUGAUCCAGAAACGUUGGACUCUUCAUCCAAAGCACUUUCUUUUGUUAGAACACGAAGAGCAUCCUUUAGCUCAAAAGAUGACAAAAGGGAAGAUAAGACACCUUAUCAGCUUGUCAAGAAAUUACAGAAAAAAAUCAAGCAAUUUGAGGAACAGUUUGAAAAAGAGAAAAACAGUAAGCCCUCCUAUAGUGAUAUUGCAGCCAAUCCAAAAGUUUUAAAAUGGAUGACUGAACUUACCAAAUUGAGAAAGCAAAUAAAAGAUGCAAAGCAGAGGAGCUCAGAGGGAGAAUUCAUACCUCAAACACGUCCACGAAGUAACACUCUUCCAAAAAGCUUUGGUUCCUCUCUUGACCAAGAAGACGAGGAAAAUGAAGAUGAGAUGCAGGUUGUGCAGAAAGAGAAGAAGCCCACCAAGGAGGCUACACUGGAACUCAUUUUGAAAAGAUUAAAGGAAAAACGAGUUGAGAGAUGUUUACCAGAAGAUAUAAAGAAAAUGACAAAGGACCAUUUGGUAGAAGAGAAAACAUCUCUCCAGAAGAGCCUCCUGUAUUAUGAAAGCCAACAUGGACGGCCGGUUACUAGAGAAGAAAGACAUAUUGUGAAGCCACUUUAUGACAGAUACAGACUUGUAAAACAAAUGUUAACUAGAGCAAGCAUUACUCCUAUUCUUGGAUCGCCAUCAACCAAGAGGCGGGGGCAGAUGUUACAGCCCAUUAUUGAAGGUGAAACUGCCCAUUUUUUUGAAGAAAUUAAGGAGGAAGAGGAGGAAAGUGAUGGUUUGUCUACAGACCUGAAUGAAAUCUUAAAAACUGCUGCCCAAACACAGCCCGUUCUAAGCCCAGUUGAAAACUCUGAGUCUGAUAUUGAAGAAGGUCAAGAGAAACUCACCCGGGACCUGAGGCUCUCCAGCACCCGAGCUGCUUCUAUGCCUGAAUUAUUGGAGCAACUGUGGAAAGCCAGAGCUGAGAAGAAGAAGCUACGUAAGACAUUACGAGAAUUUGAAGAGGAGUUUUAUCAGCAGAAUGGAAGGAAUGUACAGAAAGAAGAUCGGGUCCCAAUGCUGGAUGAGUACAGGGAGUACAAGAAAAUCAAAGCCAAACUGAGGCUGUUAGAAGUCCUUAUCAGCAAACAAGAUUCUUCAAAAUCAAUUUAAAUUAUAUUCCUCCAACCUGUUGAGUAACAUGCUGUUUCCAUAUACUACCCCUGUACUUAUUGGGUGCUUGUGUUCAUGUGUCAUGCGCUGUUGAAAGAAUCCAGUUUGUGCACUUUACUGUGGUGCCACUAGGACAUGUUUGAAGGGUAAGUAGGUCCUGUCUAGAGAGCAAAUAAGGUUUCUGAGUUUGAGACUGCUCUAUCCAACUUUAGCAAACACAGUUUCCAUCGAAGUUUUGUAUUCCAGAUGCAUCCAUCCUGUUCCAAAACAACCAUAGCCUUUUUUUAUCUUUAGCAUUCAAGAACUUUGAGACUUUUGUUAUUACUAACCUUUUACAUUGUUGAAGAAAUUAUUAAUAUUGUAAUGCUACACCGAACUAUUCCUCUUGCCUAAAAAAUCAGCAAAUUAAGGGUACAGCUCUUAAUUCUUGGAACACUUAAACAGACUGUAAUUCCUUUCAAAGGACUGCUGUGGAACAACUUUGAUUUUUUGGUAUUCUAAAUUGCACCUGUACACAGUAAUAAUUAACGUCUAUGGAUUUUGCUCCUUAGCGGUCACGUUUCCUCCUUGAUAAAGAUGACAGUGGACAAAUCAGAAAGUGACCUUUUCUUAGUGGCUUUUAAACCUUGGAAAACUGAAAAGUUCAAUCACAUGCUGCCUACAGGACUCAUGUCAUUGUUGUUCAUUUGAUCCCUUUUUGGGUUGUUGUUUAUCAGCCAGUGGUGACGUAGUGUUUGGGCUGAAUUGGAUACGGCAUCUCCGCUUUCGGAAGAUUUGAGGAGCACAGUGAACACUGUGGUGGUUGGGAAAUCUGGUGGUGCUCAGACUUGUGUGGCUCCACAGAAAGGAGCUGGCUUAGGACAGUUAAAAUCCCACGGUACCUGAAAUGAGUAUGGUGUCAAGGGCUAAAAUCAGUGUAGUUAACGUGCACCACAGGGAGAACCGGCGGUUUGGAGUGGGAAGAUUACUGCUGUUUAUCACGGUUUUGUUUUACAGUUGGAGAAUAAAAAUACAUUAUCUAAUCCUUACGAUGUAAGCAAAACAGUUUAUGGGCCUUGCAUGAUUUAGCUUCAGAGUUGAAUCUAAAUAAUGUUUUGAGUAUCACAUCUGCUGUGCUGAAUGAUGAUUUAGGGACUAGCUUUGCUCUGCAGCAGCCAUCCGCAGCUGUUUCUGAUCUGGCAAAAUCAAAAUGUUAAUUUCAGCUGGUGCUUUCUUAGUUGUUUUUUUUAUUUUUUAUUUCAGUGUAUCAGUUUGAUUGUGGCCAUGUUUUGCAUGCACCUACUCUCACUGCAUGUUUUUAUGACUGGCUAAUGUCAACAUAGCAAUGAUUCACUCUGCUUUAUGAAAGACCAAAAAUGAACUUUCUCACAAUGUAAGAAAUGGCUCGCACGUAACCUCAGAGACUUGCUGUUCUGUCAUGAAGCAUAUGAAAUAGGUUGCAAGUAGGAUUUUUAGUGCUCAGAUUUCAUUUGUGUACUGUAGAAUACCUCUUGGUUUGUUUUACUCUGCUUGUAGGCGUGUAUUUUUGGAAUUCAGAAAAAAAAAAAAGCACUAAAACUAUUGAGCACUGGUGGUAUGCCUUUUUUUCUUUUCUUUUUUUUUUAACUGCAAAGUGAUCUGGGACCUUAGAGAAUUAUGAGGUUAAAAGUAGUCUUUGAGACCAUUUACCAAUUUUAUUCAGUUCCAUUGUGCAAUGUACACUUCAGUUCCUUUUCUAUCAGUCUGCAGACACGGGUGUAUCCAAACAUUGAAACUAAUGUGUACUGUAUAGUGUUGUACAUGAAUGUUUGUGUUUUAUAUACCACAUGCAAAAUGUCAAUAUGCACUAUUUAAAUGUUUUAAAUAAUAUAUUCCUCCUUUAUAAUGCUUAAAUCUAUAUGAUUCCAAUAUUUUUAUAAGUGAGUGAGUGAUCAGACUGGUUCCAAUUCAGAAUUAACAGCUGCUUUGUGUUUGUUAUGCAGUGUUUGGCUGUUUAUUCAGUAUAGUAGAUAAGCAUGGCAACAGUUAUGCUGAGUGUGUUUUGUGCCAUCCUUGUUGAGCAAUAAAUAAAUGGUAGAACUAGGCAUUUUGUGAUAUAACAGUUUUACUUUGGUAAAAGCAAAACCUAUAUAUCUAUAUGGAUAUAUAGAUAUGGAAUAUAUAUAACUAAACCAGAUAUAAUUGCAUUGCUAUGUCUGGUGCUCAUUGUAUAGACUUUUAUAAUAAAAGUACCUUAACCUUUA